CAUAGGGUCACUGGUGGAAUUUCCUUUGGAGAAGAGGAGCAGACCCAGGGUUUCUCAGGAUCCAUUUAAAAACAGACAGUUAACUUCAUGUUUGGGGAUAUUCUGUUUUGAGGUGAGACGUGGCCAAGUUCCUACCCAGAGGCAUGCGUCUACCAGCAAUGUUGUGUGCUGUGCGUGUCUGUAAGACAGGCUCACGCUCUUUGCACUUGCCACAGACAGGAGGUGAUGAGGGCUGGCACAAACCUUUCUUACUGUUGCUUAAACUUUUUCAGAUUAUCUCCAAGAUAUAUAUCCUGCAGGCCUGGGGGAAGCAGGCGGGCAGUUCUGCCAGCCCGGCAGAACCGUGUGAGUGCCGUGUGUCGGCGUGCGUGCCUGCAACACAGAAGGAUGCUGUGCCAGUGGUCAGGAAGAAUUGUUUACUCCUGCAGCUCCGAGGUGAGCUCCUGCAGCAGAGCCUUGGCAAUACUGCUGCCACCGAGAGCCCCCUCAGAGAGAAGAUCUUGCUGGUUGUCCUCCUGGGUGCUCGGCAUUGGCACACUGUGACCUCCCUGGAGACCAGCAGUCCCUUCAUAUGGACAGUCCGCAGGUGGUCCUGGCCAGGAGGAUGCUCAGCAAACAGAAAUGGCUGUGUUGUGGCAGCUCCGUGGGGAGAGUUCAAUUCCACCAGGAAGAGCAAGGAACACACAGUGUCACCACAGCAACAUGACUCACGCCAGCCUGACCGUAUUUUGGCUUGCUGCCUGUCCGCACUUGGUGCCUGAGAAAUCUUUGAGACACAUAUCUCACUGGAAUAUCUUUCUCCUGUUAAAUGCUAUCAGUCCCUGCUCUGAGCAUCCACGGAGGAUAGCUGGGGCGUGAGAGCCAGCCCUGUGCCACCUACGGGCAGCAGAGUCUGGAGGGACACAGGUGUGGAAGCAUCCUCCAGCAUUUCAGUGUGGGUGGGCAGGCCCCUGUGAGGGCUUGGCCGAGGGCAGGCCAGUGGGGGAAGCAGAGGCAGGGUGGGCAGCAUGAGGUUAUGGUCCGGGCUUUGCUUAUACGGCCCUUGUGGAGGGCUGCUGCAGUGUGGGGUUAGAUGCAAAGGGAGGGAAAGAGAGGAAGGAAAGGAAAUGAAUAGGAUCUCACCGGGCAGAGCUGGAGGGGAGGAGUGGGAUUUUUAGGGGCAUCAUCUAUUCCCAUCCACUGAACCUGGCCGAGGAGACCCCUCCAGGGAAGUCCAUUAUGUGGCUGUUUUGAACAUAGGCACCCGAUUGCAUCACAGCUGCUGUGAAUAUUAAUGUGGCCAUUUAAUGAUUUGCCUUUUCCCAUGGCACUUCCAGCAAUUGUUUUAAAUUAAUUUUAAAAAUUACUGUUCCUGGUUGCCUUUUAGGAGUUUUUGUGCAGCAUUAAGUUGGUUUACCCUGACAGGUUAAUGCCUUUGUAAACACUAAUAUGUAACUAAUCUCACAAAUGCAAAGUUAAAUAUGGUCUCUACUAUUAUUGUGAUCAUAAUUUGAUUAAACAAGUUCCCACUGUUCAAUCCAGAGGAACGGGUGACUGCAUUGUGUUUGCUCACACAUGGUGUUGAUAUCUUCGAGUGGAACUGGGACUGAUUAUGUGGGUAUUUUUUUCAUAUAAGUGCAUUAUUUUUACACUCCAUUCAGAGGGAAUGUGUUCUGCACGCAGAACUCUUGACAGCAUCGCAAAGACUCCGUAGAUGAGGAUGCAGUAGAAACCCAUUGGAAGCAGUGAACCGAAAGAAGAGGCAACAUUUUGACACAGAGAUGGAGCUGCAGAGGAGAAAAGGAGCAUCCCAAGGAUGGCAGGACACAGCCCA